AUGGAUGAUGUUGGCAUCAACCUGGGAGACCCAAAUGACUCUGGGUACCCAACUUCACCCACCUCAGAGGCCCCUGAUCAGAACCUUUUACCCCAACGAUUGACUUCUCCUCAACAAUCGCCACGCAGAGGACGACAUAGCCAUCAGUCUGUUGCAGAGGGGCUCUCGCCUUCCACUCCUCUUACACAGACCACUAAAGCCAACUCCAGCAGUGGUUUGAUCUCUAAUCUAAAGCUCCUGAUCAACAGUGAGUCUCCCACUGACAGUGUCUUCAGUAAGAUGCCGAGGGAUUAUUAUGAAAAUGAAGAUUUGUUUGAAAAGCCCUGCAUGGAAGAAAAAGAUGAGAAAGUUGUCAUCAAUAUUUCAGGACUGAUGUUUGAGACCCAGCUCAGCACCCUGAAUAAGUUUCCGGAGACACUGCUUGGUGACCCUAUGAAGAGGAUAAGCUAUUUUGACCCAAUGAGAAACGAGUUUUUUGACAGAAACCGCCCAUCUUUCGAUGGGAUUCUCUACUACUAUCAGUCAGGAGGGAGAAUCCGUAGACCAGCCAACGUACCCUUAGAUGUUUUUGCUAAUGAAAUUGUUUUCUAUGAACUUGGUCAUGAAGCGAUGGAGCAAUUUCGUGAAGAUGAAGGGUUUAUCAAAGAGCCAGAAGUUCUUUUACCCACCAAUGAACUCCAGCGACAGUUUUGGCUACUGUUUGAAUACCCAGAGAGCUCCAGUGCAGCCAAAUCUGUAGCUCUGGUUUCUGUCUUGGUUAUUGUCAUCUCUAUCUUCAUCUUCUGCCUAGAGACUCUGCCAGAGUUCAGGGAGGACAAUGACUUUAUUCCAGGUGUAACCCAAACUGUCAAUGGCACCCAAGUCGAUUCUGGCCUCCAUCCAACCACUAAAAACCUGCUGGCAUAUUUCACAGACCCCUUUUUCAUAGUGGAGACAAUUUGCAUCAUUUGGUUCUGCUUUGAAAUCUGUGUCCGCUUCGUAGUGUGCCCCAGCAAAAGUGAUUUCUUCAAUAACAUCAUGAACAUCAUCGACAUCGUCUCUAUUAUUCCUUACUUUGUAACCCUGGGAACUGAACUGGCUACAACACCUGAUGAUGAUUUAAAUUCUAGUCAGAACAUGUCCUUGGCAAUUCUAAGAAUCAUCCGACUAGUGAGAGUUUUCAGAAUUUUUAAACUAUCCCGACACUCAAAAGGGCUUCAUUUGGGCCAGACCCUGAAAGCCAGCAUGAGGGAACUGGGGCUGCUAAUCUUCUUCCUUUUUAUAGGAGUCAUCCUAUUCUCAAGUGCCAUCUACUUUGCAGAAGUGGAUGAGCCCCAGACACAGUUUGUUAGCAUCCCUGAUGGGUUCUGGUCUGUGGUGACAAUGACCACUGUGGGUUAUGGAGACAUGUGUCCCAUCACCAUGGGAGGCAAAAUGGUUGGCACUCUCUGUGCCAUCGCUGGUGUCCUGACCAUUGCCCUGCCCGUCCCUGUCAUUGUGUCUAACUUUAACUAUUUUUACCACCGCGAGACUGAGCAGGAGGAGAAGCAAGUGAUGGAUGCAGCAGUAGAGGCUGCCCAGAAAAUGUCAUCUGCAAACAAGUAUGGAAGCACACUUUCCCUAAACAAAAGUAACAGCACCUGGCAGAAUGAAAAGAAUGGCAUGCACUGA